CGUGACCCAGCCGCGAGCCGGGCCGGGGGCUGCCGCUCCCUCCGUGCCCGGAGCUCUCGCCUCGAUGGAGUCUGAGCUGCUGCAGUCGCCCCUCUUGGGGCUGGGGGAGGAGGAUGAGUCGGACCUGACGGACUGGAACCUGCCCCUGGCCUUCAUGAAGAAGAGGCACUGCGAGAAGAUCGAGGGCUCCAAGUCCUUGGCGCAGAGCUGGAGGAUGAAGGACAGGAUGAAGACUGUUAGUGUUGCCUUAGUUUUGUGCCUAAAUGUUGGCGUGGACCCUCCUGAUGUGGUGAAGACCACCCCGUGUGCCCGCCUGGAGUGCUGGAUAGAUCCUCUGUCAAUGGGUCCUCAGAAAGCUCUGGAAACCAUUGGUGCGAAUUUGCAGAAGCAGUAUGAGAACUGGCAGCCAAGAGCCAGGUACAAGCAGAGCCUGGAUCCGACGGUGGACGAGGUGAAGAAGCUGUGCACAUCACUGCGGCGCAAUGCCAAGGAGGAGCGGGUGCUGUUCCACUACAAUGGGCAUGGAGUGCCCAGGCCGACGGUGAACGGGGAGAUCUGGGUCUUCAAUAAGAACUAUACUCAGUAUAUUCCUCUGUCCAUAUACGACCUGCAGACUUGGAUGGGCAGUCCUUCCAUUUUCGUGUAUGAUUGCUCCAAUGCUGGCCUUAUUGUCAAGUCGUUCAAACAAUUUGCACUACAGAGGGAGCAAGAGCUGGAGGUGGCUGCAAUUAACCCAAACCAUCCUCUUGCUCAAAUGCCUUUGCCUCCAUCGAUGAAGAACUGCAUUCAGUUGGCAGCAUGUGAAGCUAAUGAAUUGCUGCCUAUGAUCCCCGAUCUGCCGGCCGACCUUUUCACAUCAUGCCUUACUACGCCAAUCAAAAUUGCUCUGAGAUGGUUUUGUAUGCAGAAGAGUGUCAGACUGGUGCCAGGAGUCACGCUGGAUUUGAUAGAGAAGAUUCCUGGAAGACUGAAUGACAGGAGAACUCCCCUGGGAGAGCUGAACUGGAUCUUCACAGCCAUCACAGACACCAUUGCGUGGAACGUGUUGCCUAGAGAUCUUUUCCAGAAGCUCUUCAGGCAAGACUUGCUGGUGGCCAGUUUAUUUCGUAACUUUCUCUUGGCAGAAAGAAUUAUGAGAUCCUACAACUGUACCCCAGUCAGCAGCCCCCGCCUGCCCCCAACGUACAUGCAUGCAAUGUGGCAAGCGUGGGACCUUGCUGUUGAUAUUUGCCUUUCCCAAUUACCUACAAUUAUAGAGGAAGGAACUGCGUUUAGGCACAGCCCCUUCUUCGCAGAGCAGCUGACUGCAUUCCAGGUAUGGCUGACGAUGGGUGUGGAGAACCGCAACCCCCCGGAGCAGCUGCCCAUCGUCCUGCAGGUUCUGUUGAGCCAGGUGCAUCGGCUGCGAGCUCUGGAUUUGCUGGGAAGAUUUCUGGACCUGGGGCCCUGGGCAGUUAGCUUGGCGCUGUCUGUUGGCAUUUUCCCGUAUGUGCUGAAGCUGCUUCAAAGUUCAGCUCGUGAGCUGAGACCGCUUCUUGUCUUCAUCUGGGCCAAAAUUCUCGCAGUGGACAGUUCAUGUCAAGCUGACCUUGUGAAGGACAACGGUCACAAGUAUUUCCUUUCCGUUUUGGCAGAUCCUUACAUGCCAGCUGAACACAGGACAAUGACCGCUUUUAUUCUGGCUGUAAUUGUUAACAACUACAACACAGGACAGGAAGCCUGCCUUCAAGGAAACCUGAUUGCUAUUUGCCUGGAACAGCUGAACGAUCCGCAUCCUCUCCUGCGUCAGUGGGUGGCCAUUUGUUUAGGGCGUAUUUGGCAGAACUUUGACUCAGCCAGGUGGUGUGGAGUGAGAGACAGCGCUCACGAAAAGCUCUACAGCCUCCUCUCUGAUCCAAUCCCAGAGGUUCGCUGCGCUGCCGUCUUUGCCCUGGGAACAUUUGUGGGCAACUCGGCAGAACGGACCGACCACUCCACCACCAUCGACCACAACGUGGCCAUGAUGCUGGCCCAGCUCAUCAACGAUGGGAGCCCCAUGGUUCGGAAGGAGCUGGUGGUGGCUUUAAGUCACCUGGUGGUUCAGUAUGAGAGCAAUUUCUGCACUGUCGCCUUGCAGUUCAUGGAAGAAGAGAAGAAUUACCCUCUCCCUUCUCCAGCUGCCCCAGAGGGUGGGAGUUUGACACCAGUGAGGGACGGUCCGUGCACACCUCGGCUGCGCUCUGUCAGCUCCUAUGGGAACAUCCGAGCAGUUACCACAGCCAGGAACCUGAACAAGUCCCUGCAGAACCUCAGUCUGAAUGAAGAAUCUGGAAGCUCUGUUGCGUUUUCUCCUGGGAAUCUCAGCACCAGCAGCAGCGCCAGCAGCACCUUGGGCAGCCCUGAGAACGAAGAGUACAUCCUGUCGUUUGAAACCAUUGACAAGAUGAGACGAGUCAGCUCUUACUCCUCUCUGAAUUCACUCAUAGGUGUGAGUUUCAACAGUGUUUAUACCCAGAUUUGGAGAGUGCUCCUUCACCUAGCUGCUGAUCCCUAUCCCGACGUCUCCGACUUGGCAAUGAAAGUUCUCAACAGCAUUGCCUACAAGAUUAUGCAAGUGGGACUGGCCUGCAGACUGAAGCCACAACGGCUCUCCAAUCCAGGUGAACUAGUACAUGCAACAGUCAACGCUCGCCCCCAGCGCAUCCUGGACACGUCCUCACUGACGCAGUCAGCGCCUGCCAGCCCCACCAACAAGGGCAUGCAUAUCCACCAAGUGGGAGGAUCACCUCCAACCACCAGCACAAGCAGCUCCAGCCUGACAAAUGAUGUGACAAAGCAACCGGUCAGCCGGGACAUCACGUCUGUGCGACCUGCCAAUGUGGGCAACAUGGGGGUUCAGUACACUCCCCACUCCCACCAGUUCCCCAGAACAAGAAAAAUGUUUGACAAAGGGCCAGAGCAGACCACUGAUGAUGCUGAUGAUACCGUUGGACACAAAAGUUUCAUUUCAGCCACAGUGCAGACGGGGUUUUGUGACUGGAGCGCGAAGUACUUUGCUCAGCCUGUUAUGAAGAUCCCGGAGGAGCACGACCUGGAGAGCCAGAUCCGCAAGGAGAGGGAGUGGCGGUUCCUGCGCAACGCCCGGGUCAGGAAGCAAGCCCAGAAGAUCAUUCAGAAGGGCAUCUCCCGACUGGAUGAUCAGAUCUUCCUCAACAGGAACCCCGGCGUCCCCUCUGUGGUGAAGUUCCAUCCCUUCACACCCUGCAUUGCUGUUGCCGACAAGGACAGUAUCUGCUUCUGGGACUGGGAGAAAGGGGAGAAAUUGGAUUAUUUCCACAACGGGAACCCACGGUACACCAGGAUCACUGCCAUGGAGUACCUGAACGGGCAGGACUGCUCCUUGCUGCUGACUGCCACAGAUGAUGGUGCCAUCAGAGUGUGGAAGAACUUUGCAGACCUGGAGAAGAACCCAGAGAUGGUCACAGCGUGGCAGGGGCUGUCAGACAUGCUGCCAACUACACGAGGUCUGGCCCGAAGGGUUUCAAUCUAUCUUGACAGAAGUAAGCAGGGAGGAGCAGGAAUGGUGGUCGACUGGGAACAAGAGACUGGGCUGCUCAUGACCUCAGGAGACGUGAGGAUAAUCCGCAUCUGGGACACAGACAGGGAAAUGAAAGUGCAGGACAUCCCCACCGGGGCAGACAGCUGUGUGACCAGCCUGUCGUGCGACUCCCAUCGGUCACUGAUCGUGGCAGGGCUGGGUGACGGCUCCAUCCGCGUGUUCGACCGGAGGAUGGCUCUGAGCGAAUGCCGUGUCAUGACCUACAGGGAGCACACAGCCUGGGUGGUGAAGGCGUACCUGCAGAAGCAUCCUGAAGGCCACAUCAUGAGCGUCAGUGUGAAUGGAGACGUGCGCUUCUUCGACCCCCGGAUGCCAGAGUCCAUGAAGGUCCUCCAGAUAGUCAAAGGGCUCACAGCCCUCGACAUUCACCCGCAAGCCAACCUCUUUGCAUGUGGCUCAAUGAAUCAAUUCACUGCAAUCUACAAUGGAAACGGUGAGCUGAUCAACAAUAUCAAAUACUACGAUGGUUUUAUGGGACAAAGAGUUGGAGCCAUCAGCUGCCUGGCUUUCCAUCCUCACUGGCCUCACCUGGCAGUCGGGAGCAAUGACUACUACAUCUCGGUGUACUCGGUGGAGAAGCGGAUCAGAUAACGGCCGGUGGCAGCGCAGUCCCAGCAGGCGGCGCCUGCCUCCCCCGCGGUGUACAUAGCGACAUCAUCGACUUGAAUGUUUCGUGUUGGCUGCUGCUGCAACCCGUAACUUGAACGUUUUGGUUCUGACUUAGCUACUGAUGAUUUGGGCGAGGGGAAGAGAGAGACAAUCUCCUACUAUUGUUAUUAUUAUUUUUUUUUCAUCUGUAUCCUCUCAAAGCUGCAGAAAAAGGAAUAUUUUAUUUUUGUUUCCGGUGGUUGGCUUCUCUGUUAGAAACACAGCUCCUGAGCUUCGGAUGAGGCAGUGCCCUCGAAGAAGGUUCUUUGUUUUGAUCUUUGCUUCCUCCUUUUGCUGGAGCGUCGUUCAGAACUGACGUCAGGACUCGCUGCAGCUCUGUGAGUCCCAGCUCAUAGAGGGACCCCUCCGGUGAUACCGCCCUGUGCCCAACAGCCAGCCCUCCACCAGCCCUGGGCUGCCUGCCUGCAGAGCUGCGCGGCUCCUGCACUGCCCAGGGUGGGCAGGGGAUGCAGGGUAAAAUCUUUGUUAUGUGACCCUUGUUCUCAUGUGGUUUCCCUUCCCCUGGAAGAGACAGAAGACCACACGACAGAGAAGGAAGGCAGAGAUCCUGAGGAAUGGAGCUUGGGGAGAAGACAGGAGCAGGGCAGGAUGCCACCGCACUGUAAGGUUGCACAUCCAGGACAAGAGGGAAGAAAGCAUGGCCAUCCCUAUCAUCCCAGCCCAUCUGGAGCAUGUCACCAUGUAACCACUUUCCACUCGAGCACACGGUGCAGGCUGGGGUAUCUCAGUCACAGUUCUGCAGUCACUGUCCUUUUGCUCACAAUGAACUCUGCAAACACGCUUGCAGAACUUCUGCCCAGCAGAGCUGAGAGGAGCCGAGCUCAAACCACAGCUUUCCUCUCACUCCAUGUGCUAAAAUUCAGCAAGGUGUUGGACAUUUGCACCUUGGAGGCUGCUUGUAUGCAGUACAGACAUGGUGUGUAUGUGGCUGUGGCUUGUCUGUGCUCCUGCAGAACGGGGUGCAGAACCACACAUCUGAGCACAGGAAUCACUAAAGAGAGGGAGGACAGCAAGUCUUCCUGCUUGGAGCAAGCAGCUUUGUCCCAGCUCCCCAGGGAACAGGCAGCUCUGUUAUCUGCACCUUCUGAGUCUGUAAUGAAUGUUUCUAUCCCUUAAAGCCCGGAAUGUGUCUGGAGAUCAGCGUGGGGAAGAGAGAUGCAAAGCCAAAAGGCAGUUUUCUUUCAAGUGCUGCUGAGGUGCAAUUUCCCUGGCCAAGAACCAGAUUUGCACCGUGCAAAAGUCACUGUGGCCACUGAGGUUGACUUCCUAAACCCCAAGUCCCCAGAUUCCCUUCCAUCUGCACCCGUGGGUCUGCAGCCUUCCAGCACGCUGCCAGAGAUGAGGCGGACGGUGAUGGAGAGGAGAGAAACGUUCCCGUAUGUGUAAAUGGCAGCUUCCCCUCUGCCACGGCUCUGACCCAGCACUGCUCCCUGCACACCUGAUAACGUCGUUCCCUGUGUUUGCAGGCAGCUGGGUCAUGGAAUCUGCCCCGUGGCUCUGCCAGGCUUGCAGGGAAGCUGCCCACAAAAUGCUGCAUGCACCUCUGGAUGCUCCUUGUGCUGAGCUUCCUUGAACUGUGUGGGCAGAGCGGUGCUGAGGGCUCAGUGCUGACCCCACAAAGGGCCCUCCGCAGAUCCGUGGCUCAAAGGCUUUAAACUAAAGGAGAAACUACCUAAAAGUCUACUUCUGAGUUACCAGACGUUACUGAUGAUCUAACAGAGCUGUGCCUCCCGCGCCGGGGGCUCUGCGUAACCGAUUAACACACACAGCUUGAAAGCAAACAAUAGACUUUUUAACUUCUAUCAGUGUAUUUGUCAAAGGAGUGAGAACUGCCUGGCACGAGGGCACGGUGGCCACCACGAGGUGGGUUUGUGGCUACCUGGCCUGGUGUAGCUUCCAUCCAAGCACGGUGUGUGUUGGGGGCUGCGUGUUCACAGCUGUGAUGCAGAGAUUCAAUCAUGGGGUUUAACCGAGGGUCUGGAGAGCAUCCUACCUAAAAGUUCACUUAUCUCUAUUUAUUUUACAAAAAUUUAAAAUAUAUAUAUAUAUUAAAAAAAAAAAAAAUACAGACAAACAAUAAAACCAACACACGAUUGUAAUGUGAGAGUCGAUUACAGACAAAUAAAUGGUUAAUAAAAAAUAAAUGCAGAAAUGG